UCGUGCGUGUGCGUGGUGUAGACUGCUCAGCUGACCGGCCCGUGGUUUAUAUUGCCUCUCUGGCUCGCGUAUUUUCCGGUACACCCAUUUUCUCCUGCAAAGAUUCUUUAUAACCAUUUUGACGGUGGUGAGCCCGAAGCCAGCGAAAACCAUCAAUCCCAUUCCUCUCCUCCGCUAGUAGCCGCCAAAUCGACGAGAAGGAGCCGAGGCCAGGCCUCCACCAAGUAUCAGAUUCCACGCCCUACGAAUCAUCGCAAUGACGAAGAAGCAGCGGAGGGAGGCGGGGGCGAUGCGACGGCGAGACCGACACCACCAUCACCGGCGGCAGCCGCGGGACGAGCGCUGCGUUUCCUGCACCACGUUUAACAUCCUGGCGCCGAUCUACAAGCGCAUGGACAACGAGAAUUGCAGGGAGAGCCAGUACAGGGCCUACUGGUUCAGCCGCAACGAGAAGAUUAUUGACCGCCUUCUCGCUGAUCACUCCUCCAUCAUCUGCCUUCAGGAGGUAUGGUUGGGGAACGACGAGCUGGUCGACAUGUACCAGAAGCGUCUGGGAGACGCCAAUUACAUGCUCUUCAAGCUUGCACGCACCAACAAUCGUGGAGACGGUCUUCUUACUGCUGUACAUAGAAACUACUUCAACGUUUUGAAUUAUAGGGAACUGCUGUUCAAUGACAUCGGUGAUCGGGUAGCUCAGCUGUUGCAUGUGGAAUCAGCGAUGCCAUUCUUACAAAAUCGAAGCACCAGCUGUGUCCACCAGCAGAGCCUCAUUGUCAACACUCAUUUGUUGUUCCCUCAUGAUCACAGCCUUUCAAUAGUUCGCUUAAGACAGGUAUAUAAGAUCCUUCAGUAUAUUGAGGCUUACCUAGAAGAGCAUAAACUUGGUCCACUGCCAAUCAUCCUUUGUGGGGAUUGGAAUGGAAGUAAACGUGGCCAAGUUUACAAGUUCCUUCGCUCGCAAGGGUUUGUUUCAUCGUAUGACACUGCUCAUCAAUACAGUGACAGCGAAGAAGAUGCACAUAAGUGGGUCAGUCACCGAAACCAUCGAGGGAACAUCUGCGGAGUUGAUUUCAUAUGGCUUUUAAAUCCUGAUAAGUGCAGGAAGCCCCUGAAGACCAGCUGGAAUGAAGCUGUUUUUGGUAUCAUUAAGUACUUCCUCCAAGUUGCAUUCCUUUCCGAGGAGAAUGCAUUUGCACUCCUGAAGGCAGACAGCCUUUAUGAUCACAUCACAUAUUCAAGUUUCUACCAGGCAUUGUGUCAGUUAGGAAUGGUCCAUCCUGAUAGACUAAAAUCAGAAGAAAUUGAGGAGUUGUGGAGUGAAGCUGACCGUGAUGGCGAUGGUGUUAUUAACUACAAAGAAUUUCAGCAGUGCAUCUGGAGCCCAAACUGCUGUAGUCAAGAGGAGGAGGAUACUGAAAUUGACAUCACUGAUGAAAGUCUGGACACUUUUGAGGCAAACAACGAAGCCUUCGGCUUCACCGUGAAGGAAGCUGUUCUCUUUCCCCCAGAAGUAGAGAAGGGCAUGUGGCCAGAAAACUACAGCCUCUCAGAUCAUGCUCCCCUCACUGUGGUAUUCUCCCCUAUUAGAAUGCCUUGCUCUCCACGCAAUCGUGGGGAGCUCUAGCUAUCUAAUGUCAAUGAUCUCAUGUAUACAUAUACAUGCCCCACGAAAUCGUUGUUAGAUUUGGUGGGGACUACAGAGGUUUGGAUGGGGUUAAAUCACUAACAAGUCAAAAUCUUCCUCAAAACCCUUUGAUCUCCUCCUUCCUGGUCUAUAGAGGAUUACUUUUGGAGAAAAUAGAAACUUGGACCUUUAGCAUUCAUACCGAUUGAGUUAAGAACCGGUACUAAGCAAGCAUCAGUAUCGGUUCUAACUGCUAGGAUCUGUGUAAGCCACCAAUCGGUAUUGGUCUCUCGAGCACACACAACUCAUACUAAAGCUAGAAAAGCCUUUAGUAUUGAUUAGUGACAAAAGUUGAUAGUAAAGGGUACUCUUUAAUACCUGCUGCAAGGUACUCUUUAGUAUCGGCUGUACUGUACCAUUUAAAAGCUAGUUUUCUAAUUUGUGCCUCA